CCGGCCCCGGCCCCGGCCCCGGCCCAGCCCGCAGUGGGUACUUGCAAGAGCCGGCCCCUGGACCUUGUGUUUAUCAUAGACAGUUCUCGUAGUGUUCGAGUCGAGGAGUUUGAGAAGGUGAAAAUCUUCCUGUCAAAAAUGAUUGAUACUCUGGACGUAGGAGAAAGAGCCACCCGCGUGGCAGUCUUAAACUAUGCCAGCACAGUCAACAUUGAGUUCCUCCUGCGGACCUUCUUCGACAAAGCCUCCAUGAAGGAAGCUGUGUCCCGCAUUGAACCCUUGUCUGCCGGCACAAUGACUGGCCUAGCCAUUCAGACAGCCAUGGAAGAAGUCUUCGCUGAAGAAGCAGGGGCUCGGCCAGCUUCUCUCAAUAUUCCCAAGGUAGCCAUCAUUGUGACAGACGGGCAUCCCCAGGACCAGGUGCAGGAGAUAGCAGAUAGAGCCCAGGCUUCUGGCAUCGAAAUCUAUGCAGUUGGAGUAGGCCGGGCAGACAUCCAGUCCUUGAGGCUGAUGGCCAGUGAGCCACUGAAUGAACAUGUCUCUUAUGUGGAGACCUACGAUGUGAUUGGAAAGUUGACAUCCAAAUUCAAGGAGACUUUUUGUGAUGUGGAUAUGUGUGCACUUGGGACCCAUGAUUGUGAGCAGGUCUGUGUCAGUACCGAUGGCUCCUAUACCUGUGACUGCUAUGAAGGCUUCACCUUGAAUCCAGACAGGAAAUCUUGCUCCAGGGUUGAUGCAUGUGGACUCGGAACCCAUGACUGCGAGCAGCUCUGUGUGAAUGCUGAUGGGUCCUUCAGAUGUGACUGCUACGAAGGCUACACCUUGAAUCCAGACAGGAAAACUUGCUCCAGAGUGGAUGUAUGUGCACUUGGAACCCACGACUGUGAGCAGCUCUGUGUGAAUGCAAACGGGUCCUUCAGAUGCGACUGCUAUGAAGGCUACACCUUGAAUCCAGAUAAGAAAACUUGCUCCAGACCAAAUAUAUGUGCGCUUGGAACCCACGAUUGCCAGCAGAUCUGUCUGAAUAUUGAUGGGUCCUACAGAUGUGACUGCUAUGACGGCUACACCUUGAAUUCAGAUCGGAAAACUUGCUCCAGAGUGGAUGUGUGUGCACAGGGAACCCAUGACUGCCAGCAAGUCUGUGUGAAUACUGAUGGUUCCUACAGCUGUGACUGCUACGAAGGCUUUACCUUGAAUCUGGAUAAGAAAACAUGCUCUAGAGUGACAUCCAGCAGUCUGCUCACAACUGAAGAAUCAUGUAAGUGCGAAGCUGUGAUUACAUUCCAAAACACAAUCACCUCAUUCCUGGAGACACUAUCCACAAAACUAGAUGAAAUGUCUGACAAAUUACAAACAUAUCAGUAUGGACAGGAGCUUGUGUAGAGCUACCAUUUUUGCUUCAUUUAAAACUGUCUUUUUUUUAUUGUACUAAGCAAGUUUGAAUAUGGUGCAUGGCUUAAGACAUGACAGUUGGUUUGGUGUGACUGUUCAGAUACCAAGCAAGACCUUUAUAGGAAGGCAAAUGUUUCUGUGAUAUAAUCCGUGUCCCAUAAAGUUACUAGUGCAUGAUCACUAUAUAAUCAGAAUGUUAUGAUGCUACAAAAAGAGAUCAGUCGUAUUCCAGUUUGUACUAUAACAGUUGUAGGAUGAAUUAUUUUUUACGCCCUAUUUAAGAGUAAACAAGGAAUAAAAAAAUAGAAAAAUUUGUAUAAUAUUGAAGAUAUAUAAUAUAUCAUCAAACGAUGUAAACUGUGAAAUGGCUUAAUGAUGUAGAAUGAUAAUUUAAUGUCUACAAACCUGUCCAUUAAAUGGGACAGUAAUUCUGGAUCUUGUAACUUUUUAUUUUAAUAAAAUAAAGUAACA